AUGCCCCGGUCACUACACGACCUCUUGUGCGCCACUUCAGCAACGAUGAACGACGAGUCCAGCAACAAGAAGGUCCACGGACUCGUAGACCAGGGCGAAAGCAAAGCCGAUAGCGACAACCAGACUCACAGUGAAGGCGGACAUGAAGCUUAUCAAUUCCCCGAAGGCGGGUUCCGAGCCUGGCUGGUAGUCUCAGGGUCGGCUGCCAGCAUGUUCUGUACCUUUGGAUAUCUCACCGGAUUCGGAAUCUACCAGCAAUGGUAUGGCGAGAACCAGCUCAAAUCUUACACCCAGUCAGACAUCUCAUGGAUUGGGUCGGUCCAGAUUUUCCUAACCUUCGCAGGAGGCUUGGUAGGGGGUCCAGUACUGGACCGCUACGGCAGCGUGGCCAUGCUUCCAGUCUCCGUGAUUUACGUGAUCUCUCUCGUCUUGACAAGCUUCUGCAAGGAAUAUUACCAAUUCUUCCUUGCCCAAGCUAUACUAGCGGGUCUAUGUCUCGGCUUCCUCUUCUCAAAUUCAUUAGCCAUCAUUGGACACUACUUUGAUAAACGCUAUGGUCUCGCUUCUGGUAUUGUUAUGGCAGGCGCUGCUGUUGGUGGGGUAAUAUUCCCAAUCGCGCUCAACAGGCUGCUCAACGAAGUCGGUCUCAGCUUCGGAUGGUCCGUUCGAAUAUGUGCUCUAGUGGUUCUCGUGCUUUUGGCUUACGCAAACCUGACCAUGAAGCCGCGCCUCCCCCCGACGAAACAAAGCAUGGACCUCUCCUUGAUGAGACGGCCGGUAUACAUCCUCGUUGCCAUAGGUGGCUGGUUGCUCAACUGGGGCCUUUACAUUCCUCUGUUCUACCUGCCUCCAUUCGCAAUCACGGCUGGCCUCAGUGCAAAGCUUGCGCCGCACACUGUGGCCAUCUUCAAUGCCGUGUCAAUCUUCGGCCGUGUCCUCGCAGGAGCACUUGCUGAUAAUCUGGGCUGUGUGAGUUCUGCCUUGGAUGUCUUCGAAUUCCACCCGGCCAUUAUCGCAGUCCUUGUUUUGCCCCCAACCUGGGUUCAACAGGCCUCCGGUAUCGAGUUCAACGUCGUGAUCAUUAAUGGCCUUCUUUGCGCUGUUUCUCUGUUCGUCUGGGCAGCCACGCACACGGCUGCCGGCGUCCUCGUGGUCACCAUUAUCCAAGGACUCUUUAUCGGGAGCAUUGUGUCCUUACAAGCCGCCAUCAUUACGACCGUCACCCCUGAUCCGAAAAACCUGGGCUCGAUGAUUGGAUUUACCAUGGCCAUCUGGGCUUGUGGCGGGCUGACAGGGCCUCCUAUUGCCGGAGCCAUCCUAAAUGGCCACGACGGCCCUGGAAGCUAUAGUGGUCCCGGGUAUUUCGGUGGCGCAUCUCUCAUCGCCGGCUCUGCGUUCUUCUUCGCUGCUCGCUUGAUCAUGCAGAAGACACUGCUCGCCAAGGUUUAA